AUGACCAUUCGAGUACCCAUGGGCAAUCGCCUUUGUCGGCACGACCCCGCGCUCUGCCCCGUCACAAGGCCGUUCAUUUCGAUCACAUAUGCUGGCGCAACAACCAAGUCGGCUGCGUCCUCAUACCAAGACAGUGAAGUGUGGUGGGACGCCGAGCUAAGCACCGCGAAUAUGUUUCUUGACAGCGACGCCAUCGUCGAGCUCAACAUCUAUGAAGACCACUUCAAUGCGGUCGACGAUUGCAUCGGCAGCUGUCGGAUCGCGAUGCCAGCACUGCGUGCGUCACCGUUCGAGCAAGUCGUGCCCAUUGCCAUGGACGGCGUCACAACUGGCGAGCUGAUUGUCUUCUUCGACAGCACCAAGACGCCCGAGGCGCCAUCACAGACCACGCCUUCACUGACCGCGUCGGCCUCAUUGACCGACUCGGGGCUCUACCUUGUGGGCAGAGCUCUUCUUGCCGCCGAGACGAGCCGAGAGAGGGCGUUGAAUCUGUCCGGAAACGUUCGUCGCAUCCCAUUCACUGCACUCCACCUCAAAGAAUGCAUCGGGGCUGGCGCUCGCGGCAGCGUGUACGCGGCCGAGCUCGACAACGUCCGCGUCGCCGUCAAGACAUUCCAUGCAACCACCCACGCCGUGUUUCAGGCGCAAGUCCAGCGGAUGCAUGAGCUCGAGUCGCUGUAUACACCUCAACUCGUGGGCAUCUCCGUCGACACGUACGGCCAGCCAUGCAUCAUCAUGGAGCUCAUGGAAGGCGGUACCCUUGAUGAGUACAUCCGGCAGCUACACGCGUCCCGUGACGAGACCCCCAACGUCACGCGCCUGCUUCCACUCGCGCUCGAGAUCGCGCAGAGUCUCGCGCAUCUGCACGCACACACACGUCUCCACGGCAACCUCACGCCCACCAACGUGCUUCUCAGCGCAGACAAAACUCGGGUCAAGCUCUGCGGGGCUCAGCACGCCAACGAUGACGACACGCCGCUGUGGUCGCCGAGCUGGGUCGCCCCUGAAGUGAUGCUCGACCACGACUACGCGGCUGCUGCCGAUAUCUAUUCAUUCGGCGUCGUUCUUGCGCAGCUGAGCUCGCUUGAGACCCAGCCCUACGCUUUCGAGCCGUGCAGCCGCUACCUCCUACCGUUUCGAAUUGCCCACGAAGGGCUUCGCCCUGCGAUGCCCUCGACGUGCCCGCAGUGGUAUGCAGACCUUGUCGCGGCCUGCGUGCACACCGAGCCCGACGUGCGGCCCACAGCGGAUGGGAUUGUCGCGCGUCUUCAAGCCCGUCUUUCGACCAGCCUGCGGUGGAUUGAUGACAAUGAGUUGGUGGAACACGCGCUCGUUGCGUCCAGUCGAUCCAGCAUUGUGGUUCACGGAUCCCACAACGAGUCGCCGGUGGCGAUCAAGUACUUUCUUCAACGGACACCGCGUCAGUUGAACGAAAUUGUCGAGCGCAUGGCGGCGCUGCAGUCGGCGCACGCCGUGCCGCUGCUCGGUGUGACCUCGGCGCCCGCUCUCGUCAUGCGCUACAUGCCGUUCAACCUCCGCACGUGGCUCCAAGACGACAGACCGAUUGGGUGGAGGCGGACACUCCUGGUGGCGCUCCGACUUGCAGAGGCCAUAGCCUUCCUCCACAAUGCCGGUGUCGUCCACGGGCACCUUGUGCCAACCAACGUUCUUUUGGAUGCUGACGACGGGGUCCGGCUCAGCGACUUUGGCGUGGACCAGGACGCCCUUGUGUCGAGUACGAUCGACGAUGACGCUGCGGGGUUUUUGGACGGCGCCAGAGAGGCUUCAAGGCGAGGCCGCCUCUGUCGCGGCAGAUGUUUUUGGACUGGGUCUGCUUUUCGCCCUUCUCGAAACACGGCAAGAGCUGUAUGGCAGCAUCACCGAGAAUGCUUCUUGCCGCCUCAUGCAAAUCGUGGCCGGCAACCUGCGCCCGUCGUUUUCUAG